AUGGCGAACCUCGCCGCUUUAAUACCCGUGCCUCGGGCUGCCCGCCUUUCGGUCACCUCCGACAUGCGGGCAAGCAUUAAUCUUAAUUGUCCCAUGCUUAUCUCACAAAACCGGUAUUUCAAGAUGACCUAUUUCCUAAAGAGGAAAGGGACCAGCCCAAAAGGUGCACGCCGAGUGCAGCCUGGAACAGAAAAUAACGGAGCUUGUAUCCAGAGUAUCACUCAUCCUGGCGCUGGCAAGCACUUCAUUAUGAAUGCUCGUUUGAAGCGUUUGAAUGCCGAGACCAUGGACCCGGUCAGUGGAAGCCUCUCCAUCAUCGGAAUUCAUCCUUGGGGUCUUCAUUUCCAUCGUUGUGAUAGACCUGGACAUCUGAUCUACUUAAGGACCAUGUCUUCUGAUACUCCUGUGGACGAGGGACGUGGAAGCCCAUCCGAAAGGUCAGACUCACCACCCUCUCAGCUAGUCUUCCUUCCACCCCCCAAUAGCGUGCCUUCCUCCGUGAGAUGGGAUAAGCAUCCUACUUUCGAACCGGUUGUUGAUCCGUUUUUCAACCUUGUGGCUCGUCGAGAGGACGGCAGACCCCGUCUCUUCCCUCCGUUUUCGGGGUGGAAUGAUGACGAACCUAGAACUUGCGGUGACCCCUAUUGCAAACACGAUGUCGUUGUCCGUGAGUAUGCACUUGACAAGCACGAGACAUGCGAGUCCUGCGGUCUGGUUCCGGCGUUCGGCUGGUUCUAUCGCUGUGGUGUAGACAUCACCGGCUUCUCUCACCGCAUGGGUCCAGGCCAAACCCCGGUUCUCAGUCCUUGGAUAUCCGACGCUAUCACGGCUGGUCAUUACACAGGAAUACAGAAGAAUAUUCUAAUGUGGCAGAAAACCAGAGUCCUGCAGACAGUUGCCGCGGAACACACCGAACACCUUGUUGCUUUCCCUGUAACAGAAGUCAUCUAUGGCAUAGGGGAUGACGAUGACGACGAAAAUCCUCACGUGGAUUUCGUUGAAGACGUCUCUCAUGCAGAUUCAGACCAGUUUGCCGAAGACCGCCCCCUGAUCCAAUCGUCAGUCUAUCCUCCUUGCAGCCAUCGCGCAUGCCAUAACUGUGCACCUUAUCUCCAAGAAAGAGCCUGGCUCAGCAUUGACGAGGUAUGCAGAGACACGACUGUCAGAGCUCCCAGCCAGUGGGAUUUGCGUGACCGCAGUAUCUCCGAUGCAAACGUUGUCAGGAACUUGGGACUCCGACGUUUCUCACCAUCACGUCCCGGAGCUGAACCAAGCACAUCGCUCACUGAGGACAGUAAAACACCAUCGGCUCUGUUGAAGAAGCUUGUGGAUAAAGCAUCCAAGAGUUCCGGUUCGUCUAAACCUACCAAACCGACCACCAAUGUUCUUCCGGCACUUACUGCCCAAAUUGCUGGGUCCGUUGCUGGGUGUUUUACCAGCGCUCCUCCUACCGCAUCAAGUCUUGCUCGGCCUAUCGAAUCAUUCGCUGCUCCAUCUACUCAGCCGUCUGCUGCACCACUCACCGCGCCCCCUCCGCCUCUUCAUCUUGAAAUUCCCGAGUGGCUCAUGGCAGGUGCCAGUUCUUCUACCUCACGCUCCACAAACUCAGACACUAGGAACUCGCAAGCAAGGUCAUCGCAGGCAGGGUCGUCGCGAGCAGGUCCGUCUGGAACGUCUCGACGGACCCCUGCUAUCUCACCGCAGUCAGUGAGUGCCCAAGGCGCGUGGCACAGUAUUAACAAACAUCCUCGCCGCCCGAAUCUCAGUGUUGGUCGCCCGCGUACGAUCGUUAGAGUGCCGGCAACCGUGAAUGAAGAAUAUGAGCAAGAUUAUUGGUCUGGAGGAGAUCAUGAAGAUGAUGAUGAUUACGACGAGGAGGACGAGGACGAUGAGUCGGGUGGUUGUCUCCUCGAUCUCGCUUCCCGUGCAGAGGAGGACAGGGAACACCGUUCCUGA